AGGCUGAUUGGUUCUGAACCUUUCAAAACUUCUAGUUUCCCCUUCCCCCUGACUCUCAGUCAGAAGAAGGGUCUCGACCCCGAAACGCCACUCAUUAUUUUUCACCAGAGAUGCUGCCUGUCCCGCUGGGUUACUCCAGCAUUUUUGUGUCUAUCUUCGGUAUCAUUCAGCAUCUGCUGUUCCUUCCCACACAACCUGGUUAAUAGUUUUUUUUCGCCCAGGCAAAGAACAAACUGCAAGUGGCACUCGACGAGUCAGACUGCAUUUCUGGAGAGUAAUGGGCAGACGAUGUUUUAGUGCGGGUUAUGCAUGCUGUCAGAGACAGCCCUGGACACGCCCUUUCCCUUGUUUUGCUGUUUAACCAACUUCUUUUCCUCCCGAUUGUGAUUAAACAGAAAGGCAACUCUGGAACGUUAUUCUCGCUUUCCUUCCCCAAACAAUGACCUGCUGAGUAUUUACAGCAGCGGUGUCGGUUUUCAUUGCUGGUGGAAAAAAAUGUCGGUGUCACACACAGUGACUCGAUGAAGGCGCAGGUGAACCAGACACUAAUUUCGCCUUUGAACGCAAUACGAGAGAGUACCUACCAGAUCAGAGGGCGGUAUCACUUCGUGUAUUUACUACGAAGGGAGUAAAGUGGACACGAGUGGACGCUGGAGCCCAGUAAACUCCUUGAUCUUGUCAUCAUCAUAUAUACUCCACAGAGGGACAGGAUUGGAUUUAGAGUUCCUUUCUCUAACCUUCACAAGACCAACGAUGGGACGGAAGACACGCCGUUUCCUUGUCCUGCUGGCUUCUUUAUUUUGCUGUUACUCUGUCACCUGGUUGAUAAAAGAGAAGGCGAAUUAUGCCAGAAACACACUGCAGGAGGGAGAACACCUACAGAGUCCUAAUUCAUCAGAAUGUGUGGAGCUGAGAAAAAUCCUAACUCUCAAACCUAAUAGGUUUACAGAAGAUCAUUAUAUCGAACUGUUCAAGAAAAUUCAGAAAUGCAGGUGGAUUAAAAAUUCGGACGAGCACCAAAAGAUCAGAUCACAGUUGGAGAAAUGCUGCAAUGCAACUCGAAAUUUUGUUGUUACACAAGUUAAUGCACCACUGGGAACAAAAAUUACUUAUGAAGCAGAAGCCAAAAAAAUAUUUGAAAUUACUCAAGAUACCCUUGAACUGAUUCCGGAGACAGAUCCUUUUAAAAAUCACAUCCUUAAACGUUGCUCUGUUAUUGGAAACGCAGGAAUUCUAACAAACAGCAGCUGUGGAAAGGAAAUAAAUGAGGCUGACUUUGUGUUCAGGUGUAAUAUUCCACCAAUCAUGGGUUAUGAGGAUGAUGUGGGAACUAAAACUGAUGUUGUGACAUUAAACCCAAGUAUUCUUAGGAAGAGAUAUCACAAUCUGAACACAAAGCGAAAGCCAUUUAUGGAAUAUGUAUCCACCUUUGAAAAUUCAUUGAUUCUGCUGCCAGCAUUUUCUUAUUCAUAUGAUACUUCAACUUCAUUUAAAGUUUCCUACACACUGCAUGAUUUUGGAGCAAAUCAGCAGGUUUUAUUUUUUAAUCCACUAUACAUGAAGUCCAUUGCUAAAUUCUGGAACACCCAAGGUAUAAGAGAGAUUCGUAUUUCCAGCGGUCUGCUGAUAUUAAGUGCAGCAUUGGAGAUGUGCGAGGAAGUUUGGUUAUAUGGGUUCUGGCCUUUCUCCAAAGAUCUCCAUGGAAACCAAUUCUUUCAUCACUACUAUGACAACGUGCUGCCAAUGAAAAUUCACUCAUUUUCCAAUGAAUUUUACAAACUGUUGCUUCUGCACAUGAAAGGUGUGGUAAAAAUUCAAGCUGAUCAAUGUGUAAAUAUACGGUAAAAUUGUUCUCUUAGAACUUUUUUUGAAGGGAACAUAAAGCGGAUAUAAGGCACACACUGGUAUGUACAUCGAUAAACCUUCCCAAAUUGUGAGUGACAUGAACAUUGGAAAUAGAAGCAGAACAAGGCUAUUCAGUCACACUACACAUUAUGAUUCCCUUAACAUCCAGUCUGAAGAAGGGUGCUAAGGGUUCCAUGUUUAGAGUCCCCACCCAAAACGUCACUUAUCCAUGAUCUCCAGGGAUGCUGCCUGACCUGCUGAGUUACUGCAGCUCUUUGUCAUCCUUUGGUCCCAGCAUCUGCAGUUCCUCGCUUCUAUAUCCAGAAAUUUGUGAACUCUUGCUUGACUAUACAUAGUGACCAAGCCUGAUCAGUGGUCGCAUUGAGCACACCAUGUUUCCUUGUAUGUUGAAAUUCUGCUUAGCCACAUAUUAGUGCUGAUCCUUAUUUCACCAUCCCUGAUGUCAGACCCUGUCUCUGAAGCUUUCUAAUCCUGGGUUCAGGCCAGCCCCACCCUGCCCCUCCUGUGUUAACACUAUGGUGUUGAACAUUGGAUCUUUCUGCUGUCUCAAUGGGUAACAGCAAAGUCAGCACCAACGUGACUUGCACCAUCAAAAUGCAGAACUGUAGGGAGCAACCAUGACUCCUGUUGGCCCAUUAUCAGAAAGAUAGCAAGAGUACCCUGUGUGGCCAAUCCCCUCACUCACACGAUUGAGGGAGUUGGGCAAUAAGGAGAAAUUCAGGAAUUAGAUUUCUGAAGACUCGGAGGUGAUUUCAAUAGGAUGUACAUCUUUGUAAAUGGGAGUGACAGUGUUGAUGCUGGCCAUUCGUUUCUGCAACCUAGAAAAUCUAAACCUAACAAAAGGAGUCAACAAUUUAGAAUGGAUACAAGGGGAUAGUUUUAACUCGGAGAGCUGUAAGCUUUUGGAGGUCUCUAAGCCUGGUGACCAGAGAAAAGGGGGGACCUGGGGGAAAGAGGGCAAAUUAGUUUUUAAGCUGCAUGGCGGUUGGGGUAGGGUAAAGGUAAUAGGGUCAAGGAAAAGGACGAGGUAGAAGAUGAACAAUGGUUUUAUUGAAUAUAGAAGUAGCCUUGCGGAUCCAAGUGGUUUUGCUCUACUUCAGUUUUAUAUUCCCAUUUCCUUUUGCUUCAGUUUUAGGAAACAGGGUAGUUGGGAUAUGACUACCCAUCAUAAAGUAUUUAUUAUUGAACAACCAGAGACAAAUCUGGUGAGAGAGAUACCUCAGCAACAACCUUAAAUGUGUGGUCUUUCCUGGUUUAUGACCAAGAGUUUGUUGUGGAUUGCUAAAGCGGUUUAAAUGAAGCCAUUGUAAUUCUUCUGUUUCCUGGAUAAAGACUUUUGUCGCUCUCCCAGGCUGCAACUUUGAAAGUACAAUUUGCAAGCUGCCUAGGGAGAUAAUUCUCUCUGUGUGUUCUUGGCAUCAGAUAUGUUCAUCAGUGUGAUCAUGAUCAUGUGGGUUCCUGUAACAUUACAAUAGGAUUCAUGCACCACACGCUGUUUUCCUGUCCUCAGUUCAUCUGAGGGGUGUCCACAUUGGUUAAGAUUUAGUCUGUGAAUGAAGAAUCACUGGUUGGUUACAUCUUUUGUGUAAAAGUGUCAGUUUUCUUACAUCCUAACUUUCUGAAUGCUCAUCUGCAAUGUUUCCAUUCAAAAAAAGAGUUUGUUUUCAGAUUCCUCCAACUGAAGUGCAUUACCUCACACUUUUCCACCUUAAACUCCACCCCCCCCCCUCACUCGACCUAUUCAUAUCCUGCAACAGAGUCCAAAUAUCCUCAUCACAAUUUGCCCUCACACCUCCCAAUAGCUAUAACAGCUGCAGCUUACAUUUCCUUGUCCAAGAUUUCACAACAGCAGAAGUAAUCUAUUUUUUCAUCAUCCUUAUCAAUUUUGUCAAAACCAAAGUCGCAAUCAAAUUGUAUUUUGCAUUUCAGGGUGUACAACCUUGUUUCAUAAAUGAAAGUCAAAAACUGCAAAUGCUGGAAAGCUGAAAUAAAAUCAGAAAAUGCUGGAUAGAUUCAACUGGUCAGGUUUCUGGCAGGCCAAACAGAGUUACAGUUUUGUUUAUUUUCACGUGUGUCAAGGCACAGUGAAAUUUUUUUUUUGCGUGUUAUCCAGUCAGCGGAAAGACAAUACACGAUUACAAUCAAGCCAUUUACAAAGGAAUAACGUUUAGUGCAAGGUAAAGCCAGCAAAGUCCGAUCAAGGAUAGUUCGAGGGUCACCAAUGAGUUAACAUUGCAGAUCAAAGUUUCUGCGACAGAAAUAAGAGAGAGAACAAGUUUGUUUGAAGUUGCAGGGAGGGUGAGGGUGGGAGGGAUUGUGUAAAGGUAACAAGGUCAGGACUGCUGUGAUGAGAAAAUGCUUAUGAAGCCAUCUGGUUGAUAGAAUAGUAAUAAGCUCCUCAUAAAGCCAUUUGGCUGGAAGAUUAAUCUCCCCAAGCACCUGCAAUAUGUUUCCAUUUAGAAAAUAGUGUCUUUUGGUUCCUUUAACUGAAAUACAUUACUUCACACUUACCUACGUUAAACUCUAUCCACCACACUCGACCUAGCUACAUCUUGCACCAUUUCAAACAUUCAUAAUUUGCCCUCUUACCUCUAAAUAGUUUCAGCAGAGAACAGGCAGAACAGAGUAGUGUUUCUUUUCACAUCAUCUGGAUAUAAACUGCAUUUUCCCCUGUUUUAUGAACUGAACAUGGAUAGAGUAUUCAAAUUUUGUAUUAAAAUAAUACAUAAUCAUACGGCCAUACUAAAAACACGAGGAGUUUGGGUGAAUGCACACAGUCCUUUUUCCAUGGUUGGGGAAUUUUAAAAAACUGGUUAUUGAUUUUGGAUAAGGGGAAAUAAUUUUUAUAGAAAUCUGAGAGGCAAUUUUUUUUCACGCAGAGGAUGGGACGCAUAUGGAACAAGCUGCCAGUUGAGGCAGGUAAACAGGGCCAGUUUGAGGGGUUAGCUUAGAUGGGCAUUAAAUGGGCUUUAAGUGUAUUUCCAUGAUUUUGGUGUUUACAAAUAAAUUAUGAAUUAUAAAUAUAAAUUGCAAAGAUUAACAAUUAAAAAUAUUUUUAU